AUCUUCAUCCACCCACUAGCUACAGUCUCGUAAAGUUUGUCGUCUUGGAAAAAGUUCGUAGCUGUGACAAUACGUCUUUGCACCCCGUUGCUAGCUGAUAUGUUAGACGUUAAUAAUUGAAAGGGGAAACGUUUUGAAAACCGGACUGGGAGGAUGUUUGGCGUUGCUUUUUUCGAAUAAAAUUAGUUAGCCUGUAGUGAUGUUCCAAGUAGGCAGUUAUGGCUAACGUUACACUACAGGAUGCUAACAUACAAAGUUUCCCCUAUGUUAGCUGAAUUCGUUAAAAAAUGACAGAACUGAUAACGGAAUGUGGCACCGAUGUGUUGGUCAGUUUUGCCGAGUCGCUGCACAUAUAUACAGGACUUCUGACAGUGGCGACAGUUUGUGGAGGGUUGACUGGGAUAUUAACGGCUGCUCUUUUAUAUAGCUACUGCGUGAAGCCUUUGCUGUUGACCAGACAAGGUUAUAACGCAAGGAGGUUGCUUGAACCUGAAGAUGGAGAGUUGGACAAUAAUCAAAGUGACUGCAUCAGCAAUGGCAAGAAGGAAGUUCCAAGUGGUACUGCCAAUGAAAAAGAGAGGGAGAAGAAGCAGCCACCCAUGAACAGCGAUGUGGCUGCAUUUGCAUCCAGAGCAAAGGUGGUUUAUCCCAUUAACCAGAAAUACAGACCUCUAGCAGAUGGAGCAUCCAACCCCUCACUGCAUGAGCACACCAAGUUGCCAGCAAUGCCUAAUGAGGAGUCUUCCUCCUCCUCGGAUGGAGAGUCUCUGAGCCAAGAUCAAGACAAUGAUGACAGCAGUCAGUUUAUCUCUUCCUCUCUGGUCCCAAAGAGUUUGCAGAACCAGAGCUUCACCAGGGUUUCCCACUACCCACACACACUGACACAAACAGGUUUUGAAGGUAGGAUAAGUCUUUACUGCUUGGCGCUGCAGGAUCUACAACAGAAUUGCAUCCAACUUCAGGAAGAAAAGUCUUUGCUUUUUGUUCGGAUGCUAAAAAUAAUAUUUAGCUCUCGUUUCCCGAAAGACAAACAAGACGCUGACUUCUCCAAGAAUGUUCUCCAAAUGCAGGAAAAGGGAUUGGAUGAGCUAAAGAAACUGUUGCCGGCAAGUCAGCCUUCUUGUGAGAAGAAUGAUGAAGUCCCUUGUACACUGGAGGAGAUUGAAAGAGCUCAGAAAGAACUUCUUGAACGUGGCCUUCAAAUGUCCAAAGGUUUUAGCAAUCAGGUGGAGGACUUGUCUCAGCACCUAUUAAAGAGGAGCAGCAUUUUCCCUCCUGAUGAGGCCCAGGAUGUUACGAAUUCUCUCAUUCAGACUCUUUUGUUAGUGGAGAAUCAUCUGACGACUGCUCAGGAUGCAAACUUGAAGAGGAUCCAGCAGAAGCUUUUGUGGUGGGAGGAGUUGACAGGGCUUCUUGAGUCUCAGCCUGCAUUGCUGAGACAGGAAGUGGCACUAAGGCAGAGCAUGAUAACUACAACCCUGGAGCAGCUGACAAGCGAUGAUGUGUUGACCUUUAACCACAUGGAAAAAAUCCUAUCAGAUGUUCAGGGCACUCUGUCUGAUGGCCUUCAGCAGUGCACUCAGGAGUGCAUGAAAAAGACGAAAGAGCUUGUUAGUGAAAAGUGCAGCAAAAUGGAAUCCAAGAGGAAGAAGCUUCUGAGGAGCCAGAGCAAAGAGAAGAGUCGCCCCAUGGACCUGACACAGUCUCAGACUGAACUCCAGGACCUCAUUAAGAUGGACCAGGAGCUGCUGUUGAAACACAGGCAACAGAUGCAUGACCUGGAGCUGCAGCAGGACAACAGGGUGGCAGAAGCUCUCGGUGACCUCUGGAAGAAACUUCGCACCUCCUGGUCACGGAAGCUGGGAGAACAAGCCAAGGACAUCUUUGUCUCCUCUGUUGCUGCCGAAUCAAAUCUGUCUGUUGAGCACUGUGAGAAGCUGUGGUUGGAUCUGGAGCAGGAGAUGAUUGCACAGAUACAGCAGGCAGAGUGCAUUACCAGGCAGCAAGUGGAGGAUAUAAGGACUCAGCUGGAUAAAGAUGACCAGAUGUGGAAUGAAGAGGUGGCUCUGGUGCAGGCCUGCCUUAAACACUUAAAUGAACAACAGAUGAAGAUCCUUAAAAACAUGGUGGUCAGACAGAGUUACACAUUCAGCAGGCAAGUCGGGAGUCUGAUUGAGAAGAAGCACAAGCACCUUUUGUUAGCAGUGCAGAGAUACUUUGUGGUCAGACACUUCAGCCUGCACAUGCUGAAGGAGAUGAGGCUGUCCAAGCUGAAGGUUCUCUCACAGACUGAUUACAGAGGUCUGCUGAUGGAAGAUCCUAGUAAAAAUCAGCCCUCUACCAGUUCAACUCUAAAGAAUAGCAGUGCCAGCCUGGCAGAGAGACACUUGGGUCCAGAGAGUCAGUUGGUGGGCCACAGCUUUCAGCAGGAGUUUCUAUCUGAGCUGGAAACUGGGAUGGAGCUCCUUCAAAACCAUGCACAACGGGUGUUAGGCAACGCUCUCAGCCACGCCAUCCAGCAGAUGAUGGAGUCCCAACCAGCAGAGGCACAGACCUAUUCCAAACAGGACUACAGCUUGAAGUGCCACCUGAUUGAAGCUGCCUCUGAAAGUGUGUACAUGACCAAAGAUUCUCUCACUGCGCUGGUUCAAAGCUAUUAUUCCCACCUACAGGAGAUUAUGAGAAAACUAGAAGACGAUCCAUCAAACAUAAACCAGGAGGUGAAUGAGAAGCAGGAAAGCAGCAGUCAGCUGAACAGGGCCUUGUUGAGGGAGCUUGUGAAUUGGAGCAAAAAACCCACAUCUGCUGAGUUUCAGCAGAGAGUGGAGCUCCACAAACGGAGAGUGUUGGAGCAAUGUGAUCUGGAACAGGCAACUGUAUAUGAGGAACUAAAGCAGAAGAAAGUAGCACAUGAUCAAACCAUGGAAAGGAUCAAAGAACAGCUACUGGAGGCAGAAGAAAGCUUUACAGCAGAGCUUGCCGCCUUGGCUCGGGUUUCACUCCACAGUCCAGAUCCUGAACCCAGUGAUGAAGAUGACAACACUUGUGGUCAGAGCACUACUAUACUGGACCUGCUGGCCCUGAACCCAGCAUUAGAUCCAGCUUUGAAUCCCUCACUGACUCCAACUGUUUAUGCUCCAUCAGUGAAACCAACACAAAAAAAGAAGAAAGAACAAGAGCCUCAUCUCAGCUGAAAUGUAAAAAAGUUAAUCCAUGCUUAUGCUUUAUGGAGCUUUUUAUGUUUUUCAUAUUUGGAACAUUGCCGAGUCUUAAACAAGCUGUAAAUAUAUGUGAUUUAUAUGUAAGUAUCCUGGUUGUGAUUUUAUGACUAAAGUUAAAACACAGAGACAUGUUGUCUUCAGUUUGUCUGUUGUUUGCUGAUGCUCCAUAAAUGGUUUUGAAUGCA